GAUAUGUUUAACUGUGAUAAGUUCGAAAUUUUGCUGCCGUCAAUGAAAGAUAAUCAAUUAUUCCAUUCACUAAUAUAGCUUAGGAUUGUAAGCAAAAACCUCAGCAACUCUUUAACAUUUACAAUAUGGAUGCCAAUGAAGAGGUUGAGCUGGUGAUAGUUGGAGGUGGAAUUUGUGGCCUAGCUACUGCUCUUGCUCUUCACAGGAAGGGUAUAAGAAGUGUGGUGUUAGAAAGAUCAGAAACUCUGCGCGCAGCGGGAGCUGGUAUUGCUGUCCUUACCAAUGGUUGGCGAGCACUUGAUGAGCUAGGUGUUGGUUCCAAGAUCAGACCAACUGCACUUCCUCUUCAGCGGGUAUGGGAUAUAGACCUUGACAGGGGCAAGCAAAGACAAGCACCGGUCUCGAUAGGGGAAGCUCGCUGUGUAAAACGAAGUGAUCUAAUCGAAGCUCUAGCAGAUGAUCUUCCAUUGGGAACUAUACGCUUCGGAUGUGAUAUACUUUCUGUGAAUUUGGACCCAGAAAUUUCUUUUCCAAUUCUGCAGCUAAGCAAUGGGAGUUCGAUUAAGGCCAAGGCUCUAAUCGGAUGUGAUGGAGCAAACUCAGUUGUUUCGGAUUUUCUUGAGCUAAAGCCGAAAAAGUUAUUCUCUUUAUGUGCUGUGAGAGGAUUUACACAUUAUCCGAAUGGUCAUGGAUUGGCUCCUGAAUUGAUUCGAAUGGUUAAAGGCAACGUUCUGUGUGGAAGAGUCCCUGUUGAUGAUAAUCUGGUCUUCUGGUUCAUAAUUCAGAACUUCUUUCCCAAGGAUACAAAUAUCCCCAAAGAUCCAGAGCUCAUGAGGCAGUUCUCAUUAGAAUCAACCAAAGACUUCCCAACAGAAAGACUAGAGAUGGUAAAGAAUUGUGAAGUCACUUCACUGUCUCUUACACACCUGAGGUAUCGCACACCAUGGGAAAUAUAUCUAGGGAAGUUCCGGCGAGGAACUGCGACGGUAGCAGGAGAUGCCAUGCAUAUAAUGGGUCCAUUCAUUGGACAAGGGGGCUCGGCAGCCAUUGAAGACGCAGUUGUACUAGCUAGAUGUUUGUCGGCAAAGAUGCAAGAAGUUGGUCAGCUAAAAAGUUCAAGCCAUAUAAUGUCGCAAAAAAUUGGAGAAGCAUUUGACGACUAUGUGAAAGAAAGGAGGAUGAGAUUGGUAUGGCUAUCAACACAGACUUAUCUUUAUGGUUCACUGCUGCAGAAUUCCUCAAGGCUUGUGAAAGUUUCGAUUGCUGUUGCCAUGAUUGUUUUAUUUGGAAACCCAAUAUAUCAUACCAGGUAUGAUUGUGGUCCUCUGUGAUCAACAAUUUCAUCCUUACAAAGCUUACAUCUAGGCUUCGUUAAUAAUUAGCUGGUCUGAUAGGUUAUUCAAUAAUGUUUUCAUUGAGGUGCUUGCGGGUUUUUUCUAUUAAUAAUGAAGCUUCAAUCUUUUCGUCAA